AUGCAGUUACAAUCACGGUUAUUUUUAUUACUAGUCAUUUUUGGUUCUUCUUAUGUCUCCUUGAGUAAUCAGUCGAAACUUUUUGGAGGUCUUGGAGUUUGGAAUAAGAUAAGUGAUACUCAAUGCGUGGUACAAAAUGUAAAACUGUUAUCAUUAUUGAAUUUACUUUGCAAUACGACACAAACAACUUCCACACAAAUGCGGGAUGCUUGCUAUGGAUGCUUUUUUCGAGCUGGAAGUAUUAUAAAUGGACCUACACAAUUAACAUCAUUAAACGAAUGUGCAAAGCUUUAUUUAUUAAAUACAGAUUAUGCAGAAUGUGCAAGGAAUUUACAGUCAAUUGUAGAUGGUGUUCGUGCAACAGCUGACGCAAAUGCACCGGGAUACUGUUAUACAGGUUAUUGUGAAUUUGUUCGGUGUAUUCGACGCAUUAAUUCUCGUAAAUUGAUUGCAACAUGCUACAGAGAAGCGCUUGGCAAUCGUGAAAUUGGAACUGGUGAUGCAGAUCGUAUAAACUUUUACACCAAUGUUACAUCAUGUAUAUUGGCUAAAGCACGUUGCAGUCAAUAUAAUCCAAUUUCAGGAGAAAUACAAAACCAACCAUAUUUAAAAGGAUACACAAAUAAUUGGGCCACUGGCUUGAAUACAAUUAACUUGUUUAAUUCUUUACAAUUUUCGGAUGCUGGAGAAUUGAGGAUUGUUACAUUUCCAACAGCGACAACUGUUGGUGAUCUAUUUUGUGCAAGGACACCAUCUUUGCAACAAUCUGGAUUUGGGUCGUUUGUUUGCUAGUUUAGUUCUAACGUAUUUUUUGUAUAUUUUGAUAAAA